AAUACGGAAAAACACAGAAAAAAAGAGGAAAACUAAGCAAAAUAACUAAAAUAAAACAAAUCGCAAAAAAAAACAAAAUUGAGACUGUAAACGAAAGGCAACAUAAUGGAGCAGUUUAAGGCGAGACGAUGUUGAACAGAAAAAAGGCUAAAACACGAAACUAUACAACUCGUAACUCGAAUAAAUCACUGAUGAAUAGGCUACCAACAUAAGUUCGUAUAAGGUUUUUGUUUACACGGAAAUUGUACUCAAAUUGCAUUUUAUUUCAGUUUUUUGUCCUAGCGAAUUCUGUACAUUAUGGAAAGUAGAUUUCGUUUUCCCCACUAUUGUGUGUUAAACAACUCGAGUAAACUACAUACUUAAUAUAAAUUAGCAAGUCAACAAAUUAGACCGCAGGCUGCAUGGUACAUAAGAAUAACGAAACCGAAUCUAGAUGAUGAAGAUAUUUAAGCGUUUGUUAGCCAAAAAGAUAACUUUCGAUGAAUUUGAAUUUUUUACCAACAAAAACUAAGGAAACUGGAAUCUUAAACUGAUACUGAAGCAGUUAGUUGUACGCACGUGCGACUGACCCAGAGAACACAUAGAAACCUCCUAAAAACUGCAUAUACAUAUAUAGGGACUUACUUGUAAACCAGAUUGUAACGAUUUUAGGCAUAUAAGUGUUGCGACUUGGGUCUGUAAACGGGGAAACGGAAACUUGAAGGGAAACUGGAGAGGAAGCCACGUUUUGUCACUUUCCAAGCAUUCAUUUUGAAAUAAUUUCUUAGACUUUUCUACACGUACUUUUAGAUCGAGAUAGCGAGGGAGUGAAUAGGAGUUUAACAUUAGCAUUUGAUGGCAGCUGGGCGAACGUGGUACAGUGCUUAAGGAUUAACAUUGACGUCAGGAUUUAACUUAACUUAACUUACAUACAUAGAUACAAGGACAUCAACAGAGGAAAAUAUUGAGAGUAACAAGGAGAACUUGAAAAUGAAAUACAUAUAGCGUUGCAAGAUUUUAGUUUACGGUAAACUUAAAGAAAUUUUUUACAAUGUAUUUAUACAUACCUAAAUUUAAAUUUUAAAUUAAUUCUUUAAUGUAAUACGAACACAGUGCCUAAGUAAUAUCAAAACAAAAAUCGAAAAAAUAAAAAGGAAAUAAGGAUUUAAAACAUACAAAACGAGAAUAAGAGCCGCAAGUAAGGACAUUGUUACUAAUAAUGCUAAAAACUUAAUCGAACACCUUUUAAAGCAACAGAAAAGCAUUCGAGCGACAAAAAUUGAACAACUUAAAUAAGCCAAUAAACGAACAUUUGCAUACAAAAGUUUAUAAUUAUAAAUGUGUGCAAGGAAAAACCACAAGCAAACACAGACAAACACAUACAUACACUAACUAUGAGAGGAAGAACAAGAGCAGGAAACGGAAGCUGAAAACUGAUCACAAGUUAAUACCCAAGAAAUAGUUCGCAUAAAUGUAUAAAUGUAACUCAAACGAACAUGAAACGCGGAAGCGCUAAGUAAUUACUACACAAAUAAAUAUUGCAACGUACCCCCUACAUACGUCUCGUAUCUCGCACUGGAUUUACGUACAACCCACAUAUAUCCUCCCCCUAACCCCCCUGUAUCCUUAAAGGGCUAUUCAAUCAAUAGAUUCUAUUUAUUUGAACAUGCCACGUACUCAAAAUGACAUCAAAUUGAAACUUGUAACUCUUUGUUUGCAUAUUGGAUUGGAUAUCUAUUAAAAACCCUAAAAAAUGUUUAAAACUAAAUUGAAUUACGUUGGAUUCAUUUGACAAAAAGCAAAAAACAAAUACAAAAGGAGUAAGCAACAAUAAGUAAAUUACAACAAAUUAAUUAUACAAUUUAAAUUUAUUUAACGAACAAAAUUAAUGUAGUGUGUAAAAAAAAACAAACAAAACAUGAAAGUAAAAACAAGUUUUAAGCAAAACAAAAUACUUUGAAUAUAUACAUAAAUUGCAAGUAAAUAGAAUAAAUGUCACUCACUCUUUUUAUUUAAGUCUUGUACUGAUCGAGAAUUCCUGGGAUUUAUCAAAAUAUUCAAACUCGGAAUCAGAAAAUUGAAAAAAAAAAUGAGCGCAAAGCAUUUGAAAUUUCUGUAAGGGAAUAGAGUAUAUAUUUAAAUUCGGGAAGGAAAAAGUACUACCCCUACAGAUUUCAAUGUUGGAAAUCGUAGUACUCUUCCUUCUUAGUUCCGUGUCAUUUUUCUUUGCAAAUUUGGAGAGGCCAACCACAUUUUGGGGACAUUUCUAUGCAACAUGUCCAAUUCUAAUGGGACUACUAUCCGCUGGAUUGGUUUACAUAAAUAAAUAGAAAGACCUUUAUUCCUCUUCAGUAAAAACAAACCACACGUCUCGAUGGAUUAUUUGAAAAAGAUGACUUUAUUUCGGCUGAGUGUUCAAAUAAA